AUGCGUCUAGAGUCUAAAUAUGGAUUCGAAGAGGACACGAUCGCAGUUCGAAGAAACUCUGUCUCAACAUAUAUCUCCUUCGGCGAUCGACUCGUCGACAAUUGCCAUCUUAUGUAAACAUUUAAAAUUAGCACCCUCCUCAAUUGUGACUAUUGACGAAGUUAUUGUUUUUUCCUUCAACCAUUGGAAUGCACCCAACCAACCAACAACUAAUUUCGAACCAAUUCAGCAGUAGUUCAGUAGUGUUAUUUGUUUGCCUAUUUCUUCACCCUUUCUCGCUGCUGCUAGCGUAACGCGUGCAUUUGAAUGCAUGUAAUGUGUAUGUGCCCCUCCUCGGGUGUAAGUAAGUAUGCAUUGCGCCUUAGCGCUAAUUUUUUUUUAUCUAACUUGUGUAAAUUGAACUGUGCUAACCGAUCGGACCGAUAUAUCUUCCCCCUCCCCAUUGCCAACAUGCUUCAUUCUGUCUGCUGAGGCAUUGUCAACGCAGACGAACUCAAUGGUAUCAAAAUAGCCAACCAAUCAAUGUUGAUCGUUCACAUUUGAGAGGCUAUAAUUAAGUGCAAAUCCAACGCUCGGAUUGGCCGAUGAAGUCUCUUCCAUGCGGUCGCGUGACAGCAUGGCACAGCCAAACAGCAGCAGCAGCCUCUAUACCGAGCGCUAGAUCCUUCGAGAUCGUCAUCGCCUCCGCAGCCGACAUUCCUGCCGAUGACCGCACCAAGUCGCCUGGAAGUCCCGGCUCGAAUGGUUCCGGCUUGUCGCCGACGUCCGGGCUGUCGAUCUGUCCGUUGCGAGGCAGCGGCGGCGGCGGCGGGGAGGAAAGUUGCAGCAAAGCCUACCCAUCGAUCAGCGCGGCGUAUUGGCUGCCGGCGCCGUCCCCAACACCCUACCAAGUGCCAGCUCACGUAUUCCUCGAGAACGUAUGAAGUUGAUGAUUGGAUACUUCUUGAAGCAAGAAUACCCCUUAAGAUUGGACAUUCAAAAUAUGAAUUGAACAUGGAGAUGGUUGAUGAAAUUAUGAACUUGUGAGAACGCUAGAGCUAAAGUUUUUGAGUAGGAGAGCGGAAACUAUAGAUAAAACAGAAAAAAAAUAUAAAAGUUGAAAGAAUAUAUGUGACAGAAAUUGAGAUUUCAUUGAGUGGGAACAGAACAAGAGAUAAUGCAAUAAAAAAAAGAAACUGACACAGAUAGAGAGAGAAAAGAAAAAAAGGAGCAGAGAAGGAGAGAUAAGAGAAAAAGAAAUAGAAAGAUAGAAAAGAGAGAAAGCAAAGCAGAGAAAAAAGAUAAAAGUGUAAUUGGGAAAAGAAACAGAUAGAAAACAUUGAAAAAGUUCAAAGCAAAAAGGAAAGCGAACAGGAAGAGAAAAAAAGGGAAUAUAAAAAAGGAAGUGUUAAAUAGUGAGAAACGAGAAGCACAAGAAAGAAACGAGAUAAAGGAACAGAUAGAUACGGAAAAGUGGGAUAGGGAUAGAAACAAUUUGUUGAAGAAAACGAGAGAAAUUGCAUCCAAUCAAUUGAAUUUGGGAUAGAAUUUUCCGAUUGAAAAUGAAAUACUGUGAAAUAUAUAACAUGAAACAGGAUUUUGACAUGAUCAGCAAUUAUUUCAAUUAAAGUUCAGUAGUCCAUAAUAGUGUUGUAUUGUUUAUUGAUCACCUUAGUUCUAUUUUUAAUUUAUUCCAAACUAACACGCUUUUAGUUAUGUAUGUCUGAAGCAU